AUGCCUUUGGCUUUGAGACUUGAUGAUGACUCGGAUCUGGACGAUCUUACACCACUGAAUGCGCCCGCUCCGAAAAAGUCAGCCAAAGGCGUCGAACGCCACGGAAGCAAGGGACAUGGCACCCGCGAGAAGAAGCGUGCAGUAGUCUAUGACGCAGAAGACGAUGCGAAGACGAUCGCUAAGGCGCUCAAUCAUCAUAGCAUCGAUGCUGCUGCAAUAUGCGAUAUCCUUCCUCACCUUUCCCACGAUCAGAUCUUGGACGUCCGCAAAGAGUACAAGAAACAAGUCAAGGUGCAAGGCAAGGGUGUCAAUCUCUCCAAACAUUUCAAGACGAAGAUCACUGGAAACUUUGGCAAAGCAGUGUACGUGACUGCGCUUGGUAGAUGGGAGAGCGAGGGCUACUGGGCAAACUUCUGGUAUCAGUCGCAUGGMAGUCGAAGAGAGCUCUUGAUCGAAAGCUUGAUGGGAAGAUCCAAUAGCGAGAUUCGCAUGAUCAAGGAUGACUUCAAGGAUAAGAGAUACGGAGACUCUUUGACCAGAUGUAUGGAGAAGGAGUUGAAGAUGGACAAGUUCCGGAGUGCCGUCUUGAUGGUUCUGGAAGAGAGAAGGCAGGAGGAACAGGACGUUUAUCCUGUGGAGUAUGUGCACAGAGACGUGGAUCUUCUGUAUCGUUCGGUUCAUGCAGAGAGGGGUGGUGAGAGCGGUAUGUUGGAGAUCAUCGUGAGGCGAAGCGAUGCGCAUCUGAGGGACGUGCUAAGGACGUACGAGAGAAUGUAUGGCGAGAACUUUGCAAGGGUGGCGUUGAAGAAGAGUAACAACCUAGUGGGAGAAGUCAUUGCGCAUAUCUUGAAUGGGGUGAUCAACAAACCAGCAAGGGACGCCCUGUUACUGCAGCACGCCAUCAAAGACAUCGCGGAGAAGAACAAGGACGAUGAGCUGCGCUAUGAACUGCUCAUCUCUCGUUUGGUACGCUUACAUUGGGACAAGCUGCAUUUGAUGCGGGUCAAGAAAGAGUACUAUGAGAAGUACCGGGUUGUGAUGGAAGAUGCGAUCGAAGACGCGACAAAGGGCGACUUUAGGGAAUUCAUGUGUGAGCUUUGCGAGGUGAAGUGA